ACAGAAAAAGUGACUCGAAAGAUGAUGGAAUCCUUCAGCCAGAUGCAGUCCCAGUUUCAGUCUUAGAUGCAAUCACAGGGAAUUGCACUACCUCCAGAGCCAGAGGUUGGUCCCUCAGGUCCUCGUGUCAGCACAAAGGAGAGUUGUGUUGCUCCCUCAGGGAACGAUCCAGGGACGGGUGACUCAGACAAAUGCGGCCUAUAUAUUGAAGAAAAUCCUUCCCGCUUGGUUGCCCUAGGAAGACUUUACGAGGGAUCCACAACAGUUCACAACAUCCCUUUGUUGCAUGGCCAAGUCAAGGUUGGUGUUGAGGAGGUUAAAGAUACAGAGGCUCUCGUUCCUGUACCCACUGACGAGGUUACCUUAGUGGGGCAUGCACUUAACACUUUCCUUGCUUGGCCAACACAUCUUGUGAAGCGUUUAUCAGAACAGGCAGCUGUGUCUCCAGCAAAACCUCCAGAAAGCCCGGAUGAAGAGGUCGAUGAUCCCCUGUACCUGAUGACAUUGACCAUCCCACAAGUGUUUUUGAAGCCGCUCCAGGUUAUGUGGGAUGCUACCAUAUUCGGGGUGUUUAAUCAAAACUUCCCGUUGUAUAUAAAGCACGAAGAUCUCUCUGAAAUUGCACAUGGUGGUCAAUGUCUCAGCAUAUUUGUUAUACAGUUGUAG